CUUUCGUGCAUUCUUGGUGAAUAAGAGACCCUCUAUCAAGCUGGUUUGGGGAGCCAUCGAGAGAUCACGCUUGAAAGCUCUCCACAAAGUACCAAAUUUGAUGACCUUCAAGCAUCCGCUUUUGUGGAAUGAGCUCGAAGAUCUAUUAUGUCAGCCUGUUUCCAUAAACAUCGCGUACUUGAACCAAGACGUGAUACGAGUGCGGACCUGCACACCGGUGGCACUGCAUGACGACGACGAUACGAAGUCUAAUGAAGAACUUUGGCGGCCAUUUAUCUCAUCAUGAGGCCUCCGUGAAGGUUAUAAGAAGGACAAAUCGAGCUCAACAUAGCCUACUUUACUCCAUAAGUUGCGCGUCUUAUUACAUCGAGGUUUUCCAUCAGGAAUUGCUUUUCAGUUCUGUUGUAUACAAACCCAACAGCAGCAAGUUCAAUACCUAUUAUGUAUAAUCUCAUUGACAAUACACAUAGCCUCCUAAAAAGCUUAUCCCUUCAAGUAUUGAGAAGAGUAUCCAGGGACAGUUAUACUCCUUCUGAAGACAGCCUCAACGAUAUGAGCGACAACAUCGAUAGGAGUAGGCGUUGUUUACCUCUCCAUUAUAAAAUGGUCAAUGGAAUUCCAUAUCCAAGAAAGAAGAGAUGCCUUUUGAGACGUAGUGUCUGGAUAGGUUUUCUUCUAUCUGUCCUCGGCUUCAUCGCAGCGUUGUUAGUACUACAACCCAUUUGUUUCUUUUUGUAACCACAUUGAAACUUGAACUGACCAAAACCUUAGGAUUUGGCUUACACUUCUAAUGACCCUCCCUCGUCGCCACAAGCCUCGUGUGUCAUCCGGUGGAAUAAACUCUGUAGUUGAACAAUGGCGAAAACCCAGCGAUUCAGUCACUCUCCUUUCACCCUGGAAGUCAAACUUCACAAAGAAUAUUAUACCGAUGGCAUGCCAUUCUCAUAAUGACUACUGGCGAUACGUUCCUCUUUUCGAAGCUCUCGCAGCUGGUUGUACAGGAAUAGAAGCGGAUAUAUGGUUAAACAACAAAGCUGGCAAUGCCGAUUUGUUGGUUGGUCAUUCUUCGAAAUCACUUAAAGAAGAUCGCACGCUUCAGAAUUUAUACAUCAAGCCCCUUGUUACAAUACUUGAGAAUCAAAACAAUGAUUCCCCAGCAGUAGAAGGAGGAUCCAGUAAUCCCAACGGCGUGUUCCAGUCGAGUCCUACUACGACCUUGUCUUUGCUUCUUGACUUCAAGUCUGGCGGGGCUGACAUAUGGCAUUCCGCGAAUCAGGAACUCGAAGCUCUUCGCUCGAGGGGCUGGCUCACUCAUUGGAGCAAGUCCACUGGUGAAAUUAGCUGGCGCCCAAUAAUUGUCGUCGCCACAGGAAAGGCGCCUUUUGAUCUUUUAAUAUCAAACACGACCUACCACGAUGUCUUUUAUGAUGCCCCCUUGGAGGACAUAUCAAACUCUAAAUACGAUAGCUCAAAUUCGUACUACGCGAGCACUCCAAUGACUACUCUAGGCAAAAUAUGGCUUUGGAAAUUCAGUUCCAAACAACUGAAAAAAGUCAAGACUCAAAUUGCCAUGGCAAAUGAAAAAGGUCUCAAAGCUAGAUACUGGGAUACACCAGCUUUGCCAGUGAUUUUCAGGGAAUACAUCUGGGGUAUUCUGGUGGAAAAUGGAGCUGGAAUGCUGAAUGUCGAUGUGUUCCCAUCGUCGCUGUUUUAUCUUUUAGUCACUAGAUUUGGUCAAAAUGGUCUUGCAUGGUAAUUUACUUACACGUUCAAGGACGGGAGUGAACCUUGGGAAUUAUUUCGCUGCAGGUAGGUCCGUUGGGCCCGGCCAACAUUGUGGACUUGCGAUUAUUUCGAACUCGAUAUUUGCCAAUACGUGAUUUCGGAGAUGUGCUAUCAGCAGCAGCCAUAUUUCACAGUUGCCUUGAAAUUCAAGCAGGUUUUGGAACUUAAGUGGAAGUUAUUCUAAAAUGUAAAGAGGUUGAGGAUAUGACGCGCGUAGGGUGGAGAAGCG